AUCGAACUGAAAAACCUAUCUAACCUGUAAAAAUUUUCAGAUUACAAUCUCAAAAAUUCUCAAGAAAAUGGUUGGCUUCUCAAAAGAUGGUUUUCAAGGCUUUCCGGGAGACUUAACAAUUGUUUUAGUCGGCAGCCCGGGAAGUGGAAAAAGUGCGACAGGAAAUUCGAUCCUUGAACGGAAAGCUUUUCAGUCAAUCUCUGGCUUUGAUCGCGUGACAACUACUUGCACGCGAGAAGCCACUGUAUUAGAAGAUGGGAGAGUUCUCAACGUGAUUGAUAUGCCCGGCUUGUUCGAUUCUACUUUUAAACGUGAAGAUGUUGAGAAAGAGGUUGUCCAAUGCAUCGAAAUGGCUAAAGAUGGCAUUCAUGCCCUUCUUUUGGUUGUGUCACUAAGAGUUCGGUUCAACGAAGAGCAAGUUGCAACUGUUGAGAUUUUGAAACACUUGUUUGGGGACAGAAUUCUUGAUUAUAUAAUUGUCUGUUUUACUGGGGGUGAUGAAUUGGAAGAAGAUCAAACAUUGGAUGAAUACAUGGCCUAUUCAUGCCCCCCAGCUUUACAGGAUUUACUUGAAAAAUGUGGAAAUAGAAAGGUAGUUUUUCAUAACAAGGCAAAGGAGAAGGAGACCAAGACUAACCAACGCCAACAACUUCUUACUCUGAUAACCAGCAUUCUUGUGAAUAAUGGUGGAAAGCCCUACACCCAUGAUCUGGUUGUUAAAAUCGAGAAUGAAAAUGCUGCAACGGAUUCCAAGAAUUCAAACCAGGAAACGGAUAAAGUAUCAGAAGAGGAGGAGUUGCAGCGAGGCAGUGCUGAAAUGGUUAUUGAGAAGCUAAUGGAGAGGGAGGAAGAAACUGUAAGCUUAACACAUGAAGUUGAGAGACUUAAAAAAGAGCAUAAUGAUCACAUUGAAGAGCAGCAAAGUCCCAAGAUGAAAUAUGGAGAGGUUGAGGACGCAACUGGGAAAAGCCCUACUGAAAAUUGAGACAACCGGUAGGUGUGUUGUGAUGCGAUCAUCAUCAAUCAUCAAUAUAUAAAAUUCCCUCAGUCCCAAAAAUAAAUUAAUAUUUACUUUAUUUUACUUUUUUAGUUCAAUCAAAUUAAUUGAAUAGUUUUUCCGGACCGUGUAAUAUCAAUUUCAUCUUAUGGCAUAUAUUUACUCCUCUGCUACUUUACGUGACUAUAUGGAAGUGCGAUUAAGAGGAAUUUGUCAAACUGUAACACUAUAUGAAAGUUCAAUAAAAUGUGUGAAAAUGUUAGCAUGAGUAUUGUGUUGCUGUAAAUAAGAUUAUUAUCACUUA